UGUGUCUGUCUAUUGUCUCUGUGUGUCUGUAUUUAAAGAUUUUUUGACAGGUCAAUAGUUUUUUUUAAUUGGAAUUUGGAAGAAGUAUGCCCUUUCAAUAUAAUCAAAGUUUAGGUAGUGGUAUAGUUCCUAGUACAUCACCUGCUUUCCUCGGUCUUGGGAGCAGAGAUCCAAGUGACUUUACAUUAUUUAGUGGAGCCAUGAACGAUUCUCCUUUAGAAUUCAACAAAAAUCGGACGACACCUAGAACAACAGAAGAUAAAGAUGAGGCUAGUCAAAGUCCUUCAGAUAAGCGAACAAGAGGGAAUAACAGAAAUGUGAGGGAUCGAAGAGAUACGGAGAAAUCUCAUGAUUCAGAUUCAAAUCUGUCUGGGACACAAGAUGUCAUUCCGAUUCAAAACGGCCCUGGCAUAGGCACUUCUAAUAUGUGGGCACAACCAAUAUGUGGUAUGGGUUAUCCAAUGGUAGGAAUGAAUAUGAUAAUGGAUCCUAACAUGAUGUCGAUGAACAAUUAUGGAAUGAUGCCACCGAUGAUUGCUCCAGAUCCUAAUAUGAUGACCCCAGAUCCUGCUAUGAUGAUGAAUCCCGUGAAAGAAAUAAUCCAUUGUAAAUCUUGCACGCUUUUUCCUCCUAAUCCGAAUGCACCAUUACCGACAACCCGUGAAAGACCACCUGGUUGUCGCACAGUUUUUGUUGGUGGCCUGCCAGAAAAUAUGACCGAAGAUAUAAUUACUGAAAUCUUUGAGAGGUGUGGAGAAAUUACCACUUUGAGACUGAGUAAAAAGAAUUUUUGCCACAUUAGAUUUGUGUACGAAGCGUCUGUCGAUGCAGCAAUAUUUUUAUCCGGUUACCGAGUUAGAAUUGGUUCUAAUACUGAUACUGCAAAUAUAGGUCGACUUCAUGUUGAUUACGCACAGGCUAGAGAUGAUCAGUAUGAGUGGGAAUGCAGACAACGACAAUUGCAAAGGGAACAACGCCAUCGCGAGAGAAUGGAAGAAGAAAGACUAAGACCCCCGUCUCCACCACCAGUUGUACAUUAUACAGAUCAUGAGGCAGCCGCUGUAUCUGAGAAAAUCAAACAAGACGAUUCUUUCACUAAGGCUGUUCAGAUAGUUAUUACUUGGCUGGAACGAGGUGACUGUAAUAAAAGGAAUGCCAAUAACUUUUAUUCCAUGAUCCAGUCUACUAACUCUCAUGUAAGACGUUUGCUCAGUGAAAAGACGCAGUACGAAGAAGAGCUGAAAAAGGCCAAAGAUAUAAUGAAGGGAAGGAUGCAAGGAAUAUUAUUACAGUUCAGUCAAAUUGAGCGAUUAUUCUUGGCGGCCUGCCACAAGAAGGUUUGGGACCAUUUCACCAAGGCUCAGAGAAAGAACAUAGAGACUUGGAAAAAGCAGUCAUUGGAAAUUAAAAAUAUCCAGCUGGAAGAAUCUUCAAAUGAGAAAGAUGACGAUGAAAUGGAUGUGUCGGAUGAUGAUGAGCCAUCGAAAAAGAAACACCGGGCAGAAACGGGUGUCGAGGAGAAAAAUAAUCUGAAAGACGAAAACGACAGUUUACGUUGUCAGAUGGAAGCAUAUAAAAAUGAGGUAGAAGUACUAAAAAUGGACUACAAAAAAGAUAUGGAAGACAAAGACAAACAAUUCAAAAUGUUACAACAAACACUACAGGGGAUGCAGCAACAACUAAUCGAUGCCAAAAGAAAGCAAAGUGAAGAGGAGGCCAAGGUUAAAGAACUACAGGCCAAACUGAGAACAGAAAAUAAAGGUAAACACAUAAACGAUAAAGAAAUCAUAACUCUUGACGAUAGUGAAAACGAACAAAGUGAUUCAGUAAGUGUGACGGAAAGUUCAACUGAGACUGUUCAGCGAUUCAACGAGUGCGACGCAAAGCUGAUAGGUAUCAUAUCGGCAUUUCUGAAUGUCCAUCCUUUUGGAGCGGGCUUGGAUUAUAUUUGGUCAUACGUUAGUAAAAUAGAAUCAAAUUUAAGGCCGGCAGAAAUAGAAUCUCUUAUGAAUCGGUUUCCAACUGUUUUCAAACAGGAAUUGGUCGGAAUCGGGGCAAAUAUUGAAAGAAGAUGGAUAUUCAAUGCCUUCAAUACUACCGUUAAUAAUACAAAUUCGAAUCAUUAAUUUUCAUGUCUUAGUUAUUAUUAUAGAUUACAUAUUGUAUUUAUUUUCUAGUUAAGUUUGGACUGUGAAUUUUAUCCUAAAUAUACAACACA